AUGCAACAAUCAAAAACAAAUCUCAUAAAUGCAUUUCAAGCCCUCCUAGAAGAAGGAGCUGUAAGGCAAAUCACUAACUUUGGUAUGGCCAGAAACGAAGGAGAUUACAUGUUGGUUGCUCACAAGCAUAUGAUAAAUUUCUACAAAACAAAAACAAUUCGUGUAUCAACUCAUUUUGUUGAUAGGAUCGGUCCUUUUAAGUUUGUGAGUUUUCAUGAUCUGACAGCCAAAAUUUUUGACAUUCGUGUUGCAUUUGAUUUUAGUGGUCAAGUUGUAUCUACUGAACCCAUGAGAGUGAUUAAGGAGAAUGCAAGGGAAACAAGGCUAAUGAGUAUUAUCGCACAAUAUCUGAGCAUUGUUGAUAUCGAUUUGAAUGUUGAGUCUUCCAUUAAUACUACACAACUUAACACAAAAACUUUCGUGGCCAAGCCAAAAGAUUACUACCUUCGUUUUCAAAUCAAAAAUAUUGAUGAUAUUCUAGAUUACAAUGAGGUAACUAAAAAUAGUGAUGAUAGUGAUGGUGAACCAUUUAAUUUUAAUGGUUGCGGAGGAGUUUCUGAUGUAUUCGGCAAGGUAAGGGUCGUAAUACGUGUUCAAGAUGAAACUGGGUCUACUUCUUUUGUUUUGUUUGACCGUCAUGUUAAAGAUCUUAUUCGGCGCGGUAAUCAUUGGUUGAUGGAAAAGAUAUCAAAGGAUCAAGGAUGUCAAAAGAUCCCCGAUGAGUUCAAUACGAUUCUUAAUAAGAAGUUUGUUUUUAAAUUUCAGAUUUCAAAGUUUAAUCUCGAGAACAAUUAUCACGUCUACACCGUUCAUAAGAUGACUAAUGAUGAACUUGUAGUUGGUGCAGUUUUCAAAGAUUCACCUCCAUACGAAGAAAAUAAUAUUCAUUCUGAUGGUACUCUUAUCAACAAGUCUAUUAAGGAAAACAGUGUUUAUGUUGAAUGUGACAAUAUUAAUGUUGUUGAUUUUGAUGCAGUGACACCGACAACUACUUCACUAAAACGCCCUAUUAAGAUUGUUACCACCACUGAAUCGUUUGAAUGGUCUUCCUCAAAAGCGGGUGUUGCUCCCCAUACCCUUAAGAUUCCAAAAAUGGAAAAAAUCGAAUAA